AGACAGCAGGCUAGUCCUGCUUUUACCAACUACAUGUUUUGCACUGAAUUUGAAUUUGAAUUUAUAUUGCCUGCCUUUGCACCUAAAUUCUAUUUCUUUUGCACAGGAGAUGCCUCUUCUCUUGAUGACAGCCUGACCAACAUUCAGUGGCUUUGCAGUCUGGAUUCAAACCCACUGCUUGAUCAAGAGGAGGAAAAGACCAUACCUUCACCAACAGAGACCACAUCCAUGAAUCCAUACCCCAAACCUCCAUUUUCCUAUGCCACCCUUAUCCUUCUUGCUAUUAAUAGCACUGAAGAGAAACGGAUGACACUACAAGAUAUCUACAAAUGGAUUGAGGAUAACUUUCCCUAUUAUCAGCAUUGCAAAAAAGCUUGGAAGGUACUUGUACACCUAAGUAUACUGCAAGCAGGGCUCGAAAUUAACUUUUUCGUUCGGGAGCCAGCUGGCGACUAACGAAAAAAUUUUGGUCGCCAGAUCGUAAAUUUUGGUCGCCAGCUUAUUUUAUAUAUAACUUAGACCCUGUUUACAUGGAGUGGGGGACCCCAGUCUAGUGGGGUAGGUUUCUUUUGUUUUGUGUCCCCCAGGGCGUGAAAACAAAAGAAACCAACCCCACUAGACCAGGGUCCCCCACUCCACGUAAAGAGGCCCUUACACAAGAACACGAUUUUAUACGUUACUUUGCAUGCAAGAAAAGUCACAACUGAAGAGCGAAAACAAUUAGAAACAACAUGAGUAACACUUAGUUAUAAAGCUACCGUUGUUCUCAGGUGAUAUGUCUCAGGUCCGAAGGUGAUGGUUGUCUCCAUAGUCAUUUUAAAUGAAGCGAAGCAUAAAACGUUUUAAGUCCGUGGUUUUCAUUCUGAGACAAACACGGGUCCUUGCGUAUUUGCCCUUUGCUACUUCUACGAAAUGGCGUUCUUUAUUUUCGACUUGCUUUCCUCGACGCCUUUCGCUGCCGACAAACAACGCCAUGCUUGGCCCAGGCCACCACAUUGCUCGUACCAGUCUCCGACCGGGAGGAAACAUAAAUGGGCUUAGUGCCGUUUUUAGGUCUUCGUUUCAUUUUAGACAGAACGUUGUAGGAAAGUAAAACCUAAAAUAUUGCGGGAGUUUACGGAAGCACCGCUUGAAUUGAAUCGCCAUCUCCUUACCUUAAAGUAUAAAGAAACGUUGUAAAGAACUAUUCACUCAUGUACUUUUUCUAUUAGUGAUAGUUAUAUCCAUUUAUUAACCGCCCACUUUCCCUACAUCAACAACUGAUGAAGGAUUCAAAGUUUGGAUUAACCUUUUGGCUGAAUCUUCAUUCCCCGCACGUAAAUACUCACGUAUUUCCUUCAACUGAUUUGUAUCUGCCUCCAUUUUCGCGGCAAAUGAAAAGCACAUGGUGUUGAAGUGCGCCUGCGAUCCCAGUUUCGGAAGAAGCCACUGAAACAAUAUGGCGCGUCGUGAACGCAGUAUCGACGUUUCGAAAUACAUUCAAUUUUUUCGAUUAUCUUGUAGUAUUCAGACAUUAUUUUACUGGGGACAGAAAGGUGAGUUGGGAUACUAGCUACCGUAUCCGAUUGAUUUCCUAAUAUAAAGAUUUAAAAACAAAAGUUGUGUCGUGGUUUUCUUUAGCCAUCGGACAAAACGCGAGUCGCCAGCUGGCGACCAGUUCUGAAAAUUUAGUCGCCAGUCCUCAAUUUUUGGUCGCAUUGGCGACCAGUGAGUCGCAAUGUCGAGCCCUGGCAAGAUAAAUUUAUUUUAGAAUCGCUAGUUGUAAAUAUUACAUGUUUACAAAUAAGUGGUUGAUCAAUAUAUAUAUAUAUAUAUAUAUUAAAUUUACUUAAACUACUGACUGCAUGAUCCUUAUGAGGCAAUGCUCACCUCGGGACAUCUCCGUAGUAUGGACACUAAGUCAUACCGACAGCAGGUAUAUGAUCCCAACCAAGGUUAAGUAUAGACAAUUGAUUUGAACAAAUUCUUUCUAUCAUGGACUCCCCCUUAGUCACAUUGCUGAGGGUGUCUCAGGGGUUACCUCCGUAUCUAGUUUGAAAUAUCACCCCAUGACCAUAAAAUUUGGCAAAACUGAGGUGACUUGGCAAGGCUGUGUUCUAGACUCACCCAGUGGCCCCUGGAGCAUAACAUUUCCUCCCAGGCAACUCAAAAAUUUUAGUAUUCUCAUGGGAAUCAUAUGCCGGGCACCCUGGGUUUCACAGGUUCGGGGCAGUGGGGUUUCUUAAUUUUUCUUAGAGAACGGCCUUGCUUGGUCUUCACUGAUACGAAAUUAUAUGAAAUUAAUAUCAAUACUGCCUUUUUUGACAGAAUUCGAUCCGGCACAAUCUGUCACUCCACAGCUUUUUUCUUAAGGCCAAGAGGCCAUCCACACUUCCUGGUAAGGGCAGUUACUGGUCAAUAUCCCCUGAAGGUAAAGAAAAUAUCAUGAAGGAAGUAAUGAAGCACCAACAGCCAAAUGUCAGGCCAAACUUAAAUGCUGAGCAGUCAAUCACAAAGGCGCUGCGACCCAUCCUGCCUAAACCAUCUGAUAACCUGCUAAUAUCGAGCCCUAUUGUGAACAGUCCCGCAACUGGCAAUGUCAAAUUCCUGUCUGAUGCAAGUGUCACAGGGUUACCAGUCGUGAUUUUGCCAACACAUAUGUACAUGAACAUGGCUAACAAAAUAGCUGCUCAAGCGGCUGCCGGAAAUGUGGCAGCUAUUGGUGUGAAUCCAACAUUUCUCCCCAUAACCACAAGUUCUUCGAGUACAGAGAAUCAGAAUUUUGGAGAUGCUGUGAGACACAAUGGAGCUGGGCAAAGAUAUGGACAAGAAACUGAAAGUAGUCUCUUGGGAAAAGCAACUCAAGAAGUAAAUGCACAAUUUACAUCUGAUUCAUCUCUGCCUCAAAUAGCAAAUAAAAUCAGCCAAGAGAAUAGCUUAAUCCAUUGCGUAGAGCAAUUGCUUUCUAGGACUGAAAGUCAGGAAAAUGAGAUUCUUUCUGAGGUAUGUGACAAUAGCACAAUUGUUUCUACUAGCAGCAAAAGUCACUGGGAGUCAGGCAACAGCCAUUUAAACGAAGAAAGAAAUGAACCCAGAGAGAUAUUGGCCCCUUGUACCAAGAAAAGAAAAUCAGAGAAGAGAAAAUCAACCAUGCAUGUUGAUGAGAAGACAUCUUCAUCAAACAAACAAAAGAAACAAAAUUUGUGUCAACCCAAACGAUCACCCUUACGACCACGCCCUCAACCUACUCUUGCUGCAAUCAAUUCUCAAUCUAAUGAUUUAACGGCAUCGCCAGGAUUUUUUUUCAGUAGACACAAUACAAGUGACUUGGCUGACAUAUCUCCUGUUAAAUCAAUGAUCACGCCAACAAAGACCUGUGGCAGUCACAACUUUCUCUCAUCUCUUUUGGGUUCACCCUUAACUUCUUCUAACUUGGGCUGCACUGGUCUCACCCCCCUGAAUUAUGCCUCAGAUAGUGGAAUUUUCACACCUCUUAAAGAGGGGGAGAUGGACUUUGGGUUUCUGUUUUCCCCUGAGAGGCUUGGGAGCAGCAAGAUAUGUAGUACACCACAGAGCUGUCGGAAGUCUUUGGGACUUGGACUGUCCAGCAGCACUCACAACAGUAAGGCAUUAGCAGAUUCUCAAUAUACAUAUAGUGGUAAUGAUACUGAGUUUUUAAAGCUCUAA